UUCUACUAAAACAAACAAUCUCCUGUUUUCACAACCUCACAGAGCUGAACUCCUUUUUCGCUCUCAUGGCAGAAACACUCACCUCUCUCUGUGUUUUCCUUCUACUCCUAUAUCCUGUAAAGCCUCAAGGCGAUGCUAGGCCCUUGUUGGAAGAGUUCGGCGGCGGGUUCAGUGCUGCUGGCAACAACAUGAGCUUAGACGGCGUUGCAGGGGUUGACAACAAUGGCGUACUUCGGGUAACAGACUUCUCGGCCAUGGCACUGGGCCACGGGUUUUAUUCACACCCAAUCCAAUUCAAGAACUCCAGCGGCGAAGUCAUGUCCUUCUCCACCUCCUUCGCUUUCGCUAUAAUUCCCCAGCCUGGGAUACAAGGCGGCGACGGCAUGGCUUUCGCAAUCUCUCCCGUAAAAGGGAUUCCUGGGGGUGAUUCAGGCUCUUAUCUUGGCCUCUUCAACGCCACCAACAAUGGGAACUCCUCCAACCACAUAUUAGCGGUCGAAUUCGAUACUUACAAGAACGUUCAGUACGGUGAACCCGAUGGCAACCAUGUUGCUAUCGACAUCAAUAGCAUCUCAUCCAUCAAAUCUACUCCGGUCAUGCAAUUUAAGGGUAAUGAUACGACCGGUACCCCCCUUAAUUUGACGAGUGGUCAGGUAAUUCAGGCAUGGAUCGAUUAUAAUUCGCCAACAAAUCAAUUAGAUAUCAGGCUUUCCACCGACUCUGCUAAACCCAGUUCUGUACUUUUGUCCUCUAAAGUUAUCCUCUCAGAAAUUCUUAACGAAUCCAUGUACAUCGGGUUUUCUGCUGCUACUGGUUUAGCAGCGAGCUCGCAUUGUAUCCUGGGUUGGAGCUUCAACGUGAAUGGAGACGCCAAAUCUCUCGAUUUAUCUCAACUUCCUAAGCUCCAGCUCCCCACUACUGCCACUGGGAACAAAAAGAAUCGUGGAGGCCUAAUUGUUGGCGUCUCUGUUUCAUGUGCUCUGGCUGUGAUUUUGCUUACUGCUUUGUCGUUUUACAUCGUCAGGAGGAAAAAGAUGGCUGAUGUGGUUGAGGAGUGGGAGCAUGAUAUUGGUCCGCAUAGAUUUCCUUACGAGGAGCUGAAUAAAGCAACAAAAGGUUUCAAUGAGAAAGAGCUAAUUGGAUCUGGUGGAUUCGGUCGAGUUUACAGAGGAAUUCUGCCAAACUCAGACACCCAAGUCGCAGUCAAGCGUAUUUCCCAACAUUCAAAACAAGGUUUGCAAGCGUUUAUAUCGGAGGUUUCUACUAUUGGGCGUCUUCGGCAUAGAAAUUUGGUUCAAUUAUUGGGUUGGUGCCGUCGGGAAGCUGAUCUACUACUUGUGUAUGAAUUCAUGCCUAAUGGAAGUUUGGACAAUCACCUGUUUGAUGAGCCCAAAUCAGUCCUGAGCUGGGAACAAAGGUUCAAGAUCAUCAAAGGAUUGGCUUCAGGGCUUCUAUACUUACACGAGGAGUGGGAAAAAGCUAUAGUUCACAGAGACAUCAAGGCCGGAAAUGUUUUGUUGGAUUCUGAGUUUAAUGCAAGGCUGAGCGAUUUCGGUCUUGCGAAGCUAUACGAGCACGGCUCUAAUCCAAGCACCACCAGGGUGGUGGGUACGCUGGGUUACAUGGCACCUGAGCUGAUGCGCACAAGCAAGCCGACGACCAGGUCGGAUGUGUAUGCUUUCGGCGCUUUGUUGCUGGAAGUGGUAUGCGGUAGAAGACCCAUUAAUCCUACAGCAUCGUCUGACUCUGAGGAGCUGAUGCUGCUGGUGGACUGUGUUUGGGAGAAGUGGGCUGCAGGAGCAGUGCUUGAUGUUGUAGACCCGAGGAUGGAGGGGAAGUUUGACGAGGAUGAGGCGGUUUUGGUGCUCAAACUGGGCUUGAUUUGUUCAAAUGAUGAAGCCGAGGCACGCCCGACGAUGAGGCUGGUGGUGCGGUACUUGGAGGGCGAGCUGGCGCUGCAGGAAGAGGUGGCAAUGCCAAAUAAGAGAAAAAGUGGUGCUCGUGGUACUGUUGAGAUUGAGGACUAUACGCAAUCCAUUCCGACUACGUCGUCCGUGUAUGACGUUUAUGGUAGGUAGAUAGGCCGUAGGCCGAUACUUCAAAGCUCCCGUACUUUCUUUGCAAAAACACUUAUGCCCAAAUCUCUACAAUUUUUCUAUUUACCUUUCUACUAUAAAAAAAAAAAAAAUAUAGGUAUUUUGAGAAUUUUAACAUAAUUUAACGAAAAAAAACUUAAUGAAAUGUUGAUAUUAUAAAAAUUAGAAGUUUGAUACAGUAAAUUAAUUAUUUUUUAACUUGAAAAGGCAAUUACGAAAGCAACAAAGUUUGUGGGGUUAAGUAAAGUUAUCUUUUUUAUAUAUAUUAUUCUCUUCCUUUUCAUUUCCUUGUAAUGUGUUUGUUUUGAUAAUCCUUUCUAAGUUUUCCUUUUUUCUUUUUUCUUUUAAUGUUUUGAUGUAAGCUGUAAUAAGUUUUUAACUUUCUAUGAAUGCUUUAUGAGAGAAAUUGUUUCUUAAUAUUUUGACUUAAUAAAAAAGUUAUCAAACAAACCCUCGAACUUUCAAAUGUUGUGAGGCUCAAAAAUAAGAAGCCCGUGCAGACUAUUUCUCUUAAAGCAUUGGACUUGAUGGAAACAAUCAAACAAAUUUAAAGUUCUGGAUCCCACAAAUAGAUUGGGAUGGCUGAGUGUUUGUUAAAAGUUUUGGGUCCACCAACAACUUUAAUGGCUAGGACCUGGCCCUUUCCCUCCGGAUAAUUAUUUGGGUCCACCAAAUAAUUUUUCCCUUUCUAAUUGGGCAGACAAUUAUGAGAGAUUAUUGAUAAGACAUUAAGGCUUAAUUGUCCAAACUGGGUUUAAGCACCAGCUCGAACAAUUAAACCUUAUCCGAAGCCUUUUAUAAUUGUAAAGAAUUUUUGCAAUUCGAACCGAGAAUUGCAGGGAUCCUAAUCCUUCCAUCGAAGGAUGCUUGUGAAAUUUGAAAUUUCAUGUGUUUGCAAUAUGAUUUCUGGGUUGUAAUAUUUUUAAGCCAUGGUUUAGGUUGGUGUUUAUU